GCGGCUGCGGAGGGGGAGCUGGGAGAUGACAGCCUGUCUGUGAUAACCUGUGAUACAGAAAUGAAGUUAGAGAAGAAAAUUUUUCACAAGCCUCCAAAGUCACCAAAGUCUCCAUACAAGUCUAGCACACAACUAUAUCCUAGAAAAACUGCAGUUUGGCGACCUCUGCCACGAACAGCCAGUGCACGCCGCGAGAGUGCAGCUGUAAAAAACCCAAGGCAGAUAUGGCUGGGAUCACUGAAACAAGGAAUGAGCCAUCCUCUGAAAUCAGAUGUUGACGUGGGGCAUAUGCGAACUAACGUUUCUAGUAGCACUCCAGAAUAUUUGAAGGAAGCUCUAGGAAUGAAGAAGCCAAAACAUUCUCGUUCUUUUAGUAAUGGCUACAUUCCUGGAACUCCUGACUACAAAGAAAAAGAAGAUAUGUAUGAUGAAAUUAUAAAACUGAAAAAGACAAUACAAGCUCAGAAAAAUGAGGGAGAUCAAAUGAAAACUAAACUCCGUCGACUAGAAGAAGAGAACAAUAGAAAGGAUAAGCAGAUUGAACAACUGUUGGAUCCUUUCAGGGGCUCUGAGCUGGCACGAGCUUUGUCAGAAAAGACGACUAAUAAUGCAUGGGUGGUUAGUGGAUUAAAGCAGAAGAUUCUCAAGCUAGAACAACAGUGCAAGGAGAAAGACAACGCUAUUAACAAGUUCCAGGCAGACGUGAAGACCACUAAUUUGGAAGAAAUGAGGAUAGCUAUGGAAACUUACUAUGAAGAGGCUCAUCGUCUCCAACUCCUGACACAAUCUGAGACUAUGAGGAAAAAUACAGAGGGCAGAGAUACUCAAAAACAACUAAAAGCACUGAAUGCUGCUGUCCUGAGAUUAUCCUGGAACGUCAAGGAAUUGCAGAAUGAGAAUCGGAUGUUGAAAGAAGAUCUAGAUAAUCUACUGAGCGGUUCUCCUCCUUCCAAUAAAACUAAAAAUUAUAGUGAAUGGAGCAGUCAGAGGCUGGUGAAGCGGAUUUUGGAUCUAGAAAAAAAAGUGUGUGCCAUGCAGAACAUCAGAGUGUCAUCAGCAGAUAGUGAGUCAUCACAAGUACUUGCUGUAUCAUCUUCACCUUCUGUAGACCUGGAUCAUCCAGCUUCUCAACAGGUUGACCAUGUUGAGGUAUGUCGUCGCCUCCAAGGCCUAAUGAAGAAAAUGAAGAGUGAUGAGAAGGCACUUCAAAACCUCCUACUCAAUAAAGAAUUAGAUGUCAAGCGGUUAGUGCAGACUAAGACUGAAGUGGAGCUGGAGCUGCAGAAGUGGCAGAAUAAGGUGGAAGAAAAGAGUACAGAAGUGCAGACUUUAAGUGAGGAAAUCCGGAACCUGACACAGAAAGUAGGGAAACUGAUGUCAAAAUUGGAGGACGAAAAGAGACAAAUGGCAGAAAAUAAAAUGGAAAAUCUUACUAAGAAAGAACAAAUUGGUCUGGAUGAGGCAGUUGUUAUGCUUCAGGCAGCUUUCAAAGGACAUUCAGCUCGACAGAAACUGAAUAACAGGAUGCGUGAUGCAGAAUCUCACAACAAGAACUCCUGCAUGUCUUCCAUGUCAAACUCCUUGAGCUUGUCUUCUGAUUGCAAGGAGAAAGAUGAGACACUGACAUUCAUCCAGUCCAUUUUCAGGGCUCACUUAGCACGUACAGUACUGCUUGAGGAGAGUAUGUCUUUUUGCAGGCCCUCUGUGUCCAGUGCACCAACUGAGAAAGCAGAUUCUGCAGUUUACAUUACGGAGAACAAACUGGCCUCAGCAUCACUCCAAAGACCUCCUUUGAUCUUCAUGUCAUCUCUUCCUG